AUGGGGCAAGGUGUUAUAGCUAUUUGUUAUAUGUUCUUUGUGAAGUUGCAUUUAAAUACUGAAUUUUGUAAACCAAAAGUCUCUAUAUUAUUAGCAAGAAAGGAACUAAACAUGUCAUCAACCACACCGGAUAUCUCUUCUAUACCAGUUCAGCCGACAAUAAAUUCUUUUACUAGUCGAAUUGUGUCAGAUGAUGGUAAUGAUUCAAUGAAUGAAGCUUUAGAUGCCACUAAUGGUAACACAGAUAAAACACCAGUCAUUGAUGCCAAUGAUAGAGAAUGUGAUAAUGCUGACCCUGAAGAGUGUGAAAAAAGUAAUGAGAAAAAGAGGCAAAAGACAUCUGCUGUUUGGUUAGAAUUCAAAGAAGUCACUCUUUCUGAUGGUUUCAAAAAAGGAGAGUGUGUCCAUUGCAAGAAGAAGCUAGCAAUAAAUACAAUAAACACAUGUGGUGAUGUACAGAUACUACCAGCUUUCACAGAUGGCAAGUUUGAUAUGGCAAAGAUGAGAGAAGCAGCUGCACAUUGGAUACUUAUGCACGAGCAUCCUUUUUCGAUUAUAGAAGAAAAAGAUUUUAACAUGAUGCAAAAACGUGGGAUGCCUGAAUGGGAAAAGGUAUCACGCAAUACUAUUAAAAAAAAUUGCAUGCAAGUUUAUGAAGCAGAAAAGAAGAAAUUAAAGGCAUUGUUGAAGACUGUCAACAAGAUUAGUUUGACAACAGAUUUGUGGAAAUCAAGUAAUCAAAAGAUUGAGUACAUGGGAAUUGAAAACAAGGUGUUUACACUUUCUGUGGACAAUGCUUCAAGCAAUGAUGUGGCGAUUAGAAUUCUUAAAGACACUUUUUCAAGAAAUAGGAUGUUGCUUUGUGGAGGAAAAUUAUUUCAUGUUUGGUGUUGUGCACAUAUCUUAAAUCUCAUGGUUCAAGAUGGCCUUUCUGAGAUUAAGAAUGUGAUUGGUGAUGUUCAUGAAAGUGUCAAUUUUAUUAAUCAAAAUGAGGCAAGACUUAACUCAUUUUCUGAUAUAGUACAGCAGUUACAGUUAUCUAAUAAGAAACUCAUUCUCGAUUGUAAAACACGUUGGAAUUUGACAUUCGAGAUGUUAUCGAUUGCAAUCAAAUUCAAAGAAGUGUUUUCGAGACUCAAAGAGCGAGAAUCUCAUUAUGAAUGUUGUCCAAGUCAUGAAGAUUGGGAAAAGGUGGAGAAAGUUUGUGAGAUUUUAAAAGUUUUUAAUUCAGCCACUAAAAUCAUCUUUGGAAGUGAUUAUCCAACUUCAAACCUGUUUCUGAAUGAAGUUUAUCGUGUGAAAGUGUUGUUGGAUAAAAGGAUGAAUGAUGAAAAUGAAUUUGUUCAAGCAAUGGUUCGUAAGAUGAAGAGUAAAUUUGAUAAGUAUUGGGGAGAAUGUAAUUUGUUGAUGUCUAUAGCAGCAAUCUUGGAUCCAAGGUGCAAAAUGAGGGUGAUUGAGUUUUGCUUUCCUCGAAUGUACCCUGAUAGAGAAGCAAAAGAAAAUAUUGCUAAAGUUCGAUAUGCCCUUUAUGAGAUUUAUGAUGAAUAUGCUCGUGAGUAUCAAUUUGGCAAUGAGCAUAGUGCUGAAACUCAAGUGCAUGAUAAUGGUAUUAGUGGUAUGAAUAUAGAAGCUUCUUCUUCUGGUUGGUUUGAAUUUGCAAAUUAUGUAAAAUCAGUUGAAACUGCUCAACCACAACAAUCUGAUUUAGAUGUCUACCUAGCUGAGGGCUGUUUUAUCUGUGAAGGAGAUUCCACUAAGUUUCAUGCUUUGGAAUGGUGGAAAGCGAGCACUUUGAAGUAUCGUAUUUUAUCCAAGAUGGCUCGGGAUAUACUUGCUAUUCCUAUCACUACAGUGGCUUCAGAAGCUACCUUUAGUGCAGGAGGUGGAGUUAUUGAUACUUAUCGUGCUUCUUUAUCACCCGACAUAGUGCAAGCAUUACUUUGUGGAGGAGAUUGGUGUCGGAAUCUUCAUGGAGUGAAGAAGAAGAACAAAAAAGAGAAGAAAUCAAUUGAGAUUGCACUCAAAAUCCCCUAA